AGCAGCGGCGGUUCCUUGGCAUCGCCGCCGCUUUGGUCGCGCCUUUCGGUCUUGGCCUUCCCAUCCUUCCCACCGAUACAUCUGCCCCUCGACGGAACCCAUACUCCCUCCCUUCAUCGCCGUGCUUGCUGGCAUCUCCUGCACUACCCCCUCGCAUUCGAUACUCUCACUUCCGGCCCUCGACCCCCCCCAUGUCUGACCCUGGAUUCCUCACCGAAGAGAUCGCGCAGUCGCUCUCGGACAGUGAGAAGGCCUAUCGCAGCUAUCUGCUCGAUACGCUGAUCACCAACCUGGUCGUGCUGCGAGAGCAGACGUGGAUCGGCAACGACGACUUUGAUACCAUCAGCAAUGCCCUGAAUCUCGAAAAGUUCGACCCGGUGUCAGCUGCCCUCGGGCCCAAUCUCGAGUCUGCCGCCCGCGGCAUCGGCAACACCUACUACGACGAUCCAACCCGCAAGAACGGUAUCCGCGGCCUGCUCAAGGGCACCAACUAUGGCCGAGGCCACCGGCCCCCGAACAGCGCCAACGACGAGGACGACCAAGCCGACGACUACCAGCAGCAGCAGCAACAGCGGUCGCGCCAGGGCUCGUCGGCCUCAACCUCGUCCGGCGGCAAGCUGGGUGCCUUUGGAUCGCAGGUCGGCGGUGCAGCCACUCGCGGCCUCAAAAAGCUGGGCACAAUGACGAGCGGGGCUGCCAGCAGCAUCACCCGCAAGAACAGCGAGCCCAGCCCCGUUCGCCGCUCGUCGACCCUGACCAGCCCAACCACCAUCAGCCGGCCCAGCAUCGAGCCCGAAUCGUCCAAGUUUGACUUUUACUAUGUCGGCAUCAGUGAGUUUAUCUCGGACGAGCCGGGCGAUCUGUCGUUCCGGGAGGGCGAUGUGAUCGAAGUGAUCGAAGAAGUCGACGAAAACUGGUGUGAAGGACGCUGCCGAGGCAAAGAGGGGCUCUUCCCGGUGACGUACUGCCGCAAGGAGCAUCGCGGCAGUUCGGGUCCUCCCAAGCUCCCAUAUCGUCGCUGAACAACCCCACACCCGGCAGCCACGAUAACAUUACUGCUGCCUCGUCCAGUCCAGUCCAGUCCAGCCCAGUCCAGUCCAGCCCUCGAUGCAGCACAGUCGCUGGUCAUUGAUGUGGGCUUUAUCGAGUACUUACUUCCACCCCCACUCUCUCGCGCUCGCGACCCUGUGACUAUACAAACAUGGUCGGUCUCGGCAGAAGUACGCCGGCUCGCAUUCGGCCACCACCGGGCCGCUUAUCCUCUGGUUGUAUUGCAGUCAUCCGAGAGCUCUCAAUAGACCGAACCGUCUACACCA